AUGUUGAUACAUCAUUUACACUGAACUAAACGUGGGAGAAACAUAGUGGGAGAGUGAAAACAGUUGGUGUAAGAUGAAAACUGUGGAAGUAGUUUAUUUGGCAUUAUAACGUUAAAACAUACGACUAGCUUAAGUAUAUGAAUAGCAGUCGACUCUGUAUAUAUCUGUAAGUUCCUUUCGAUAGUUUGUGGAAAUACUGGGAGAUGCUGUCCACUCUGUGCUCUUUUCAGACUCAGUUAGAGUCCAUCAUGGAGACACUGGUGCAGACAGCUGUGUCAGAGAUAGGCAAGCUCGUGGAUGUGGAGUGUGAAGUGUUGUUUUCGGAGGUGACCCGCAGCCGCUGUGAGAUCAGUGCACUGAGGAAGAGACUGAGGCUGAUGGAGGGACAAACACCCUCAGACAGCUACACAUCUGACACGAGUGAAUGUGGCCAAGAAGAGAUUCACUGUCAUUUGAACAGGUGUAGAGGCCUAAGAAAAGACAUCUCAACAGUACUUCAUCAAGGCCAAGACAGUCCACAGCAGAAGUGUGAGGUAGACCAGCCGGUCAGUAUGAUAAAGCAGGAGCAACAGGAAGUAGAUGUUUGCAUUGGUCAAGAAAACAGUGAAGCAGGAACCCAGUGUGCUGAAGCUGUGAGCCUGUCACCCAUCAAGGAUGCUCUCAAAACCGUUCCUCGUGUUGGUCGAGGAAGUAGGGAAAACGCGACCGCAAGAGUCCCAUCUAAAGCAGAAACAGGAGCAGGAACAAUCACAGUGGCGAAUCCUGAACCAAACAUGUCUUUCCAUAAGAGUGCAUCAGACUCCACAAGAACACACAGUGCCAGCACUAUUUCAGGAGACAAGCGUUUUGUGUGCUCCUAUUGUUCGAAGAGGUUCAGGUGUUUCAGUCAACUUACCAUACAUCAGCGGAGUCACACAGGUGAGAAGCCAUACAGGUGCAUGCUCUGCGGAAAGAGCUACAUUCAGAAAGGACACCUGUACACCCAUCAGCGCACCCAUACCGGAGAGAAGCCGUAUCUGUGUUCACUCUGCGGAAAAGGCUUUAUUCAGAAAUGCACGCUAGACAUGCAUCUGCGGAGUCACACUGGAGAAAAACCCUAUUCUUGUGCAAAAUGUGGGAAAGGGUUCACAACCAAAUUUAAUCUUAACAAACACUUGUCGUGUCAGACUUGCAACAGCAUUAACUUCCCGCGAGCGACGGACAUCAUGAAUACUGCUGAUUUUCAGACGCAGCUAACAUCCAUAAUGGAAAUUAUGGCGAGAACCGCUGUUGUGGAAAUAAGCAAACUUUUCGAGAAGAAUUCUUUGUUGCUGCGUUUACAGAUUUCACGCUGUACAAACGAAAAUGAAUCUCUGAAACAGAAAUGUCAUUUUCUGGAGAAUGAAGUUAAGUCUGCACGGAAAAGCGCUGGAAAGGUGAACGGGACACGAGCUCCGAUCAGUCAUCCGGGACUUACAGACACCGAGCGCCAGCCCACAAUUGACAAUGUCUUUGGUAAGGAAUGGUGCAUGAACCUCUGGAGACACGAGGAGUCACAUGUUGGUCAGAAGGACGACACACACCUAGAUUCUUCCGUCAACACAGAAGAGCCAAUAAAUUUGCUGGAUGAAGAAACUGAUGUGAUUAUGAUUAAUGAGGAGACCCUGAAGGAUGACAGUUGCACUGGGAAAAAUAAAACAGAGGAAGACAAAAGUAGCAGUUUGAGAGGAUCUGCAGUGACCAGUGAUGAGAGAUGUGUCGCCCAGAGCUCUGAUGAUUUUAUCACAUACACGGUACCUUCAGAUGACCAAGUCCAGUUGAACGUGCACCAGACACCAGCUGAAGAACAAGCUCUUGAUGGAGCUACACAUGCAGACAUCACAACAGAGCCCGAUCUGAGCCCUGAUGUGGGAUUUAUUCCUAAUAACCUGAAUUUCAAUGAGACAGUUACACUGUAUAAGAAAUUCAAGUGUGUGUUCUGUGGCAAAACAUUCGAGUAUUUAAGCCAUUUGACAAGACACAUGCGAAAACACUCCGGAGAAAAACCUUACAUCUGUAUAGUAUGUGGUAAACGGUUUGCUCAGAAAACAUAUCUGACAACUCACCAGCGCACUCAUUCUGGAGAAAGGCCGUACUCGUGCGUGGAGUGUGGAAAGAGCUUUUCUCAGAAAUCUUCUCUUAAUGUACACCUCCGAAGCCACACUGGAGAAAAGCCAUAUAGCUGCUCACACUGUGUUUGUGGUAAAAGAUUUGCUCAAAAAACUUACCUCAGAAUACACCAGCGCACUCAUUCUGGAGAGAGACCGUACUCGUGCAUGGAGUGUGGAAAGAGCUUUGCUCAGAAGAGCUCUCUAAACGUACACCUCCGAAGCCACACCGGAGAAAAGCCAUAUAGCUGCUCAGAGUGUGGUAAAAGCUACGCGUACAAACAGGGUUUCAAUACACACCAGUGCUUCGUUUAGACUAAUACAUACUGAAGUGAACCAUUACUGAAUAGUAUCUGUAUUAAAGUUGCUGUUACAGCAGAGUGUACAUUACUGUGCAAUAUGAACCCUUAAAAAUGGCAAGUAUGUCCAUGUUUGUUCACAGAAAUGUAAGUCCCUCAACAGUAUUUGGAAAAGUGUUAUACAGAGGCAUGUGUGCAUUGAGUUCACCUUCAUUUAGGACCAUCUGGAUGUGUAUAUUCAUUUGAACCGAGGGAUAAACAAACAUGCUUAAAUAAAGUUGACAAAGUGAGUAAAA